AUGAGCCUCCUCAACAAGCCCAAGAGUGAGAUGACCCCAGAGGAGCUGCAGAAGCAUGAGGGGGAGGAAUUUAACACGGGCCCACUCUCUGUGCUCACGAAGUCAGUCAAGAACAACACCCAAGGGCUCCUCAACUGCCACAGCAAUAAGAAACUCCUGGACCCCGUGAAGGCUUCCGAUAGGCACUGCAACAUGGUGCUGGAGAACGAGGAGAUGCGAACUGAGGUACCCAAGAGCGGCAAGGGCAAGAAGAAGUCCAAGCCAGUCGAUAAAGACCGCUACAUCGCCAAGAUGUUCCUGUGUGGGAACUGGGCCAUCGUGGUCCUGCGGCACCCGCUCACCGCCAGCAGGUAG